AAAACCCUACCUUUUUGUUCAUCUUACAGUCCUUCCGCCGGUACCGUUUCAGCCGAACAGCUCCCUUUCGUUUUCCCUCUCUCUCCGGCGGCUAUACCUCGACGAUUCCAGUAAUAUCGUAGGGCGGCGAACAGCAGCACCUCGCCGACGUCGUUCUUUGGUAGCUUGCGACCUACGGCGGCAAUUUCUUCUCCCUCUCGUCUUCUCCGGCGAGCGACGGACGAAAACACAUAAUUUCCAGCGUCUUCAUCUUCUCUCUGGCGUGCGCAGAGACACACGACGCGGGAACCACGCAACGCGACGCUUCAACACUUCCGCAACGACGGAUGGUUUGUUGGACGGCUGUGCAACCAGCCGACGUGACCUCACGGAUUCGCAGCCAUUUCUGCAUUGGUUAGAGUUUUCAACAGCGUUUUCUUCAGGUUUGAUGAGCCUUGCAACUAAUUCUCCAGCUCACUCAUCUAGUAGUGACGAUUUUGCUGCAUUUCUUGAUGUAGCCCUAGAAUCCCAUUCUUCUGACUCGUCACCAAACAAAAAUGCCGAGGUUGGCAAUAAUGUUGAAAGUUCGAGGAUGAAACGUCGUAAGCUGGUAUGCUCAGAGGAGGACAUUCUGUGUGGAGUUGAAGAGCAAAGUUUAGAAGUAUUAUCAAAGCAACAAUUAUGCAGUCAUCCUGGUUCAUUUGGAAAUAUGUGUAUCAUCUGUGGGCAGAGGUUGGAUGAGGAAUCUGGCGUGACGUUUGGGUAUAUUCAUAAGGGACUCCGACUUAAUAAUGAUGAAAUUAACCGGCUACGCAACAUCGACAUGAAGAGUUUGUUGCAGCAUAAAAAGCUUAUCCUGGUUCUUGAUCUGGAUCACACACUGUUAAAUUCAACCCAGCUGGGGCAUUUGACACCUGAAGAGGAGUAUUUAUGGAGUCAAAUAGAUUCUCUAGAAGAUGUCACGAAAGGCAGCCUUUUCCUAUUGAAUUCCGUGCAUACGAUGACAAAGUUGAGACCAUUUGUCCAUACGUUUUUGAAAGAAGCUAGUCAAUUAUUCGAGAUGUAUAUAUACACUAUGGGGGAGCGAGCAUACGCGUCCGAAAUGGCAAAGCUGUUGGACCCCAAAAGGGAGUAUUUUAAUUCCAAAGUGAUUUCUAGGGAUGAUGGCACUCAAAAGCAUCAAAAAGGUCUUGAUAUCGUGCUGGGUCAGGAAAGUGCUGUUCUGAUCCUCGAUGAUACCGAAAAUGCAUGGACAAAGCAUAAAGAAAACUUGAUAUUGAUGGAGAGAUAUCACUUUUUUGCUUCAAGUUGUCACCAAUUUGGCUUCAACUGUAAAUCUCUAUCUGAGUUGAAGAGUGAUGAGAGUGAAACUGAUGGGGCACUGGCGACCAUCCUGAAAGUUCUUAAGCAAGUUCAUAAUAUAUUCUUUAAUGAACUCUCGGAUGAUUUGGUUGACAGAGAUGUGAGGCAGGUUUUGAAGACAGUUCGAAGCAAAGUUCUUGAGGGAAGCAAGGUCGUCUUCAGCCGAGUCUUUCCGACCAUAUUUCAGGCCGAAAACCAUCAUCUUUGGAAGAUGGUAGAGCAGCUGGGAGGCACUUGCUCAACCGAACUCGACUCGUCCGUGACACACGUUGUCUCAACAGAUGCUGGAACGGAGAAGUCACGUUGGGCAUUGAAAGAGGAAAAGUUUCUGGUCCAUCCACGGUGGAUAGAAGCAUCAAACUACUUCUGGAAACGGCAAGCCGAAGACAACUUCCCGGUCGAGCAAAGCAAGAAACAAUAACACAGGUAUUCAUCUCUUCAAGGGUUGAUUCAAAGUCCAGCUCUUUGGUUCAUGUAGAUGUGUAGAUGCGUUGUGUUGUAAUUUUGGGUAACCAUUUUGAGUUGUGGGUUAUAUAAUUGCAGGGCUGUUACUUUCACCAGUUUGGCUUGUGUUCCUUUUAAACAAAUUCAAGCCCUAUGGUUCUGUAUUUGUAAUUCUUCUCAUGUAUUUAUUGGAGUUUAGAUAAGAACACGUAACUCGAAAGUUUCGCGAAGGAAUCUAGCAGAAUUGAGGUCGA